AUGCCAGUGGGAAUCUGGAGAGACCGACCAAAGCCCUCAGCAAUGUCAGUGGAUUCAGUUGAGAAAAUGUCAAAAGAUAAAUCCAGAGACAAGAAGGAAAAGCGGGAUAAGAAGGAGAAGAAAGAAAAAAAGAGCAGAAAGGAAAAAGAAGAGAAAGUGAAGAAUGAUGAUGUGGUAGACUCAGAAGAACCAGCUCCUUUCUUCGUGGAUACAGAAGGAGCUGCUGGCGAAGCUGGUAGCGAGAUUAAUGGCCAGAUCAAUGAACCUGGUGAAGAAGAAACUAAAGUCAAGAAAAGCCGUGGAAGAAGAGAGAAGCAGAAGAAAGAAAAGUCUGACAAGAGCAAAAGCGUCGACGAGGAUGGCGACCAGAUCAUGGGCGAAGGAGCUGGCCACGAACAGUCUGUAUUUUUCGGUAUUGUAGACAGAACCGAAUUAGAAUACUUCAAGUCAGCAGAGUCGACGCUGGCUGCUAAUGCUUUUGCGAAUAACGACGAGAGAAUGGGAUUCAUUGCAGGUGUGUUAGACGAGGCUAGAGGAAAAGAGUUGAAGCUCGUGACAAAUCAAAUCUGCUCAAAAUUAGUCGAGAGGUUGAUUCUACUUGCAGACAAUCGUCAGCUAUUGGCUAUUUUCAAGGCCUUUUCCGGUCAUUUUUUGAAUCUUUCGAAACACAAGUACUCAUCACACUGUGUCGAAACAAUCAUGGUCCGUAGUGCUGCUCUUGUAGAGAAGGAGAUGUUGGCAGCCAAUCCCGCUGAUUUAUACAAGGAAAACACAGAAGAAGCCGAACAGGGAGCUGAUAAAGAAACCACUUCAUCCUACAAGACUAAUGACGGCGAUCUUGUAACCAUGGAAAGUUUAAUUAUCCGAAUGGUUGACGAGUUGAAACCUGAAUUCAAGAGUUUGACAAGCCAUGAUUACGCUUCGCAUGUCCUGAGACUAUUGUUACUGGUUCUUUCAGGAUCUAAACUGCCAUCUACAACUACUAAAUCCGCUUUGCGAAGUAAAAAGUCUAAGAUUGCCAGAAAAAUGAUCUCUAUCAGUGAUAAUGACGAGUUCGAAACUGCAUACCAGGUUCCAUCCUCUUUCAAAGAAAAGCUACAAGAAACACUUGCUGCUAUUACAGAAGACAUUGACAGUGUAUCGGGUGCUCGUGAACUGGCUAUUCAUAAAGUCAGUUCACCAGUGAUCCAGCUUAUUAUCAAGCUUGAAAACUCUUUGUCGUCUUCCUCUAAAAAGAAGCAACGUAAGAAGAACAACGCCGCCUCUUCCAUCACCAAACUGAUUUUCCAACUGGACCCCACUUCAGAAAAGGAAUCGACUGAGGAGGCCUUUGUAGAGUAUUUAUUAUCCGACCCCAUUGGUCUAUACUUUUUUGAAGCAGUGAUUGCUGAUUCACUCCCAACAUCAACAGUCAACCGUCUCUAUGUGCAAUAUAUCCAGCACCGAUUAGACAAGCUCAUCAAAAGAGACAGUGUUGCCAACUUUAUAUUCCCAGCUCUUUUGAAGAAACUCCCCCCUGUUCAGAGCAAGGAGAUUAUCGACUGUGCCGUCCCAGUUCUGGACAUUCUCAUCAACUCCAACAAUUUACUAAUUGUCAAGGCCGUUCUGUCAUCGGCAUCGUCACACGGAUACAAAGUCAAGGACCUGGCUACUGUGAUUAAGAACAAGUAUUCAUGUACCAACAGUAGCGAGUUCUUAGAAAAGCUUCUCAAACUCGAAGGCUCGACUCUCGGCAACACACGAGACCAAGACUGGCCCACUGCCGAAGAACGACACAGAGCAUUAUUUGUUGAAUCUCUUAUUGCAUUUUCGCCUGAAUUCCUGAAAGACAUUUCUGAAGGGUUCAUUGACCUGCCCGAGGAGAAGCUGAUCCAGGUGACCAAACACUCGAUCUUCUCGCACGUCCUACAAAGCUGUCUCCUUCCCGAAGUAGAUAUCAUUGUCCGUCGUCGACUGCUCAACAAUCUGACCACCAACGUCGUGGAUCUCGCAUGCAACGCCUAUGCUUCACACAUUGUGGAUGCCAUGUGGAAAUACACCUUCAAACUGAAGCAUUUCCGCGAACGCAUUGCCGACCAGCUCGUCAACGACGCCACUACUGUCAAGAACUCGAUCUACGGAAAGCUGGUAUGGAAGAACUGGGAGCUCGAGAAGUACGUCCGUCGACGAUUCGAGUGGUGGAGUCUCGUCAAACAGCAGGAAGACGCUCUUGCCGAAUCUCUCGGCCAAAGCAGGUCUGCAGUCGAAUCCAAACAACGCCGACCCGAGCCCAAACAACAACCCCCCUUCAAACGAGGCCCUCCCGGCAGAACUCCCUACGGCCCGCCCCGUCACAAACAAAAACCCUACGACCGACCCUCGACCGCCUGA